AGGCUCUCAUCGAUACUCUCACGCUCUGCACGUGUUUACUGCACGCAUUAUUUUGGUGUUUUCAACUUUAUAUUUAAACCAGUCGUUACCUGCACAUAAAAAUGCCACGCUCCAAACGUGAUAAGAAAGUUUCGUUAACAAAGACGGACCGCAAAGGUCUGGCUUGGAAACAGCGAUUCGUCGAUGAUAUCAGAUUCUGCGUAGGAAAGUACCCCAACAUAUUCGUGUUCCAGGUGCAAAACAUGCGCAACAGCAUACUGAAGGACCUGCGACAGGAAUGGAAAAACAACUCGCGCAUCAUUUUUGGCAAAAACCGCGUAAUGCAAAUCGGCCUGGGACGCACAAAGAGCGAAGAAAUGGAAGCAGGUCUGCACAAGCUUGCCAAGCGCCUCAACGGCCAGGUGGGUCUACUGUUCACAGAAAAGUCCAAAGAGGAGGUCCUGGAAUGGGCCGAAAACUACUGGGCGGUGGAAUAUGCGCGAAGUGGUUUCAUAGCAACCGAGACGGUUACAUUGCCAGCCGGUCCCCUCGAGGACUUUGCCCACUCCAUGGAGCCGCAUUUGCGUUCGUUGGGCAUGCCCACCAAGCUGGAAAAGGGCAUCGUAACCAUCUACAGUGAUUAUACCGUGUGCGAAGAGGGAAAGGUGCUAACACCCGAGCAGGCGCGUAUACUCAAACUGGUGGGCAAGCCAAUGGCCAAGUUCCGAAUGACGAUGAGAUGCUCUUGGACAAAGAGUGAUGGCUUCCAGUUGCACGUUGAGGACGGUAUAAACGAUGAGACCCAAGUCGACAGCGCCGUAGAAGAGGAUGCAGAGGAUAUGGAAGACGAUGACGAUGAGGAGGUUGAAGACGAAGCUGAAUAAAUUAGUUUUAAGUGUAGAAUUAAUUGUUUAUGUAUAUAUGAAGUAAAAAAUAUAUGCACAUAUACUUUUAUCAGA